AUGGAUAGUAAUGAUGACCCCGAUGAAGACAAUCUUACAAGUUAUGAUAUUCAGCUCAGUAUUCAAGAAUCCAUUGAAGCCAGCAAGACUGAAUUUUAUCCUGAAAGAUUUGUGCCACUAAGUGAUCAAAACAGAAAACUAGUGGAGGCCAUAAAGCACGGCCACAUUCUUGAGCUCCAGGAGUAUGUGAAAUAUAAAUAUGCCUUAGAUGAAGCGGAUGAAAAAGGAUGGUUUCCCCUGCAUGAAGCUGUUGUUCAGCCCAUUCAACAAAUACUUGAAAUUGUCCUGGAUGCAUCCUAUAAGACGCUCUGGGAGUUCAAGACCUCUGAUGGAGAAACACCAUUGACUUUGGCAGUCAAAGCUGGUCUGGUGGAAAAUGUAAGAACUUUACUAGAAAAAGGAGUAUGGCCAAACACCAAAAACGACAAAGGAGAGACACCGCUUCUCAUUGCUGUCAGAAGGGGCUCCUAUGACAUGGUAACUGCUCUGCUCAAGCACGACGCCAGCCUGGACCAGCCCUGUGUCAAGCGCUGGUCGGCCCUGCACGAGGCGGCCAAGCAGGGCCGCAAGGACCUGGUGACCCUGCUGCUGCAGCACGGGGGCAGCGUGCACCUGCGGGACGGCUUCGGCGUCACGCCGCUAGGGGUCGCUGCGGAGUUCGGCCACUGCGAGGUGCUGGAGCACCUCAUCCACAAAGGGGGCGACGUGUUUGCCUUGGCGGACGAUGGGGAGUCCGUGAUGUUCGAGGCCGCAGGAGGGGGCAACCCGGACUGCAUCUCUCUCCUGCUGGAAUACGGAGGAAGCGGCAACGUGCCCAACAGAGCAGGGCACCUUCCCAUACACCGAGCUGCCUACGAGGGACAUUACCUCGCGCUGAAAUUUCUCAUCCCGGUCACAUCCAAACACGCAAUCCGGAAGAGCGGGCUGACACCGAUCCACUCCGCGGCGGACGGGCAGCAGGUGCAGUGCCUGGAGCUGCUCCUUGAGCAGGGCUUUGAUGUCAACGCCCGGCUGGCCGACCACAUCUCCGAGAGCUACGACGACGGGCGGCGGACGGCGCUGUACUUCGCCGUUUCCAACAACGACGUGCGCUGCACGGAGCUGCUGCUGCAGGCGGGCGCAGACCCCAACCUGGACCCCCUCAACUGCCUGCUGGUGGCGGUGAGGGCCCACAGCCACGCGAUCGUGCGGCUGCUCCUGGCCCACGGGGCCGACGUCAACUGCUACUUCAUGCAGGUGAACGACACGCGCUUCCCCAGCGCCAUCCAGUACGCCCUGGGCGACGAGGCCAUGCUGCGCCUGCUGCUCAACCACGGCUACCGCGCCGAGCUGUGCUUCCAGUGCCGGCACGGCGACAUCUUCGGCAACUCCUUCGUGUGGGCCGAGAUAGAGGAGGAGGUGCUGCCGGGCUGGACGUCCUGUGUAAUAAAGGACAACCCGUUCUGUGAGUUCAUUACAGUUCCUUGGAUGAAACAUUUGGUAGGCAGCGUUAUUCGUGUAUUAAUAGAUUACAUGGAUUAUAUCCCUCUGUGUGAUAAACUGAAGACUGCCCUGGAAGUACAGAGAGAAUGGCCAGAAAUCCGUCAAAUACUAGAGAAUCCUUGCUCAUUAAAGCAUUUGUGUCGGUUAAAAAUCCGAAGAAUUAUGGGAUUGCAGCGGCUCUGCCAGCCCGCCUCCAUGGAGAAGCUUCCUCUACCGCCAACCAUUCAGAGAUACCUAUUGUUUAAGGAAUACGACCUCUAUGGACAAGAGCUAAAGCUGCCAUGA